UCCGUACGAGACAAACUAUCCUAACCGUUACCAUGAAACUGCUCCUGAUCUCCGCCUUCUUCGGCCUCGCUGCCGCCGCCGGCUUCGGCCCCGCCUACCCUGAGCAGUCCAACCGACCCCAGGCUGCUUACGAGAGGAACGCCAGGAUCCUCGCCCUGGACGCCGAUGUCAAAGAAGACUCCUUCAGAUACAACUAUGAAACCGAAAACGGAAUCAAGGCUGAAGAGCAGGGUCAUGAGGCCGACGGUAUCGAAGCCCAGGGUGGUUACCAGUACACCGGUGACGACGGCCAGGUGUAUUCCGUGAGCUACGCCGCCGGCCAGGGAGGCUUCCAGCCUCAGGGCGCUCACCUCCCUACCGCUCCCCCCACCCCUGAGGCCAUCCUGAAGGCUCUUGAGCAGAACGCCCGCGAUGAAGCUGCUGGUAUCGUUGAUGACGGUCAAUACAACCCUGGCAAGUACGGUGACGCCCCAGCCGCCGGUUUCCAACAGCAGCAGUACAGAGCCCAGGCUCAGGCUUCUGCUGGAUUCAGACAGAACUACAAAUACUAAGCAGCCUUUAGUUAUAAGUACUAUUUUAUAUUACCAGCUAAUAGAUAGAGGCAUAAGAUAAUAAGUACUUAAGCACGCGGAAGCAGAAUCUGAUGAUGAAAUAGACAAUAGAAAUGAAGACUUUGAUGGAGCUGCGACUCGAACUGAAGAUUUCGAUGUAAAACUCUGUUUUUUAGUUACAAUUAAUUGUGACUAAGUGCCUAAUUAAGACGUUCAUACUGCCAUAUCGACGUAACACAAGAAUGAUUGGGGCAGGUGAAACAAAAUUUUCAAAAAAAGAAAACUAAAUAACAAGUAAUCUCAUCAUGAGGCUUAUUUGGGAGAAUCACAGACGUUUAUUGAAAGCAAAAAUAUAUUUGACCAUUGUAAAACGACAUCUUACAACUCAGUAAGAUGAAGUUUACUAAGUCCUGAUCAGGUACUAUUAAUAUAGUGGUUUUAAGCAUCUGUGAUUCAUCUAAAUUCAAAUGUUUUACAAUACUCAUUACUGUAUGUAAUACUCAAAUUAGUGUAAGUUUAAUAUUAUAGUUGGUAGUAUCAAAUAAUACUGUGCCUAUAUUAGUCAGUGACGUGUUA